AUAUAAAACUGAAAUUACUUUGGUCAUGACAAUCAUUCGUUUAGUUCGUUUACAGGUCCAAACAACAACAACAAUAGAACACGGUGUCAUGGAGUCCUUUGCCGUGUACGUUUUGCUAGCGUUGGCUAUCAGCUCAUCGAUAAAGUGCGAAAACGCAUCUUCCGAAAAACAGGCUUCCAGGAGGAGCAUAGGCGAAUACCACGACCACUUUGAUCACCACGACCACUUUGAUCACCACGGUCACCACGAUCACAUUGGCCAAUACGCGCAUUUCCACAGCCACUACCCGGCGUCCUACGCGAGCCACUACGCUCCUUACCACGCGCACAGCUACCUCGGCCAUCACCAUCACCAUCCGGUUGUCUACCAGUCGGUCGUGCACGCCAUCCCUACAGCCACCACAGUGGUCCAUAAACAUGUGCCAGUACCAGUACCACACCCUGUACCCGUGCCUGUGGUUCGGCCCGUGCCAGUUGAGGUGCCCCGUCCGUACCCCGUGCCCGUUAACCGGCCGUACCCCGUGCACGUCAUAAAGCCAGUGCCGGUGCCCGUGGCCCAGCCGUAUCCCGUCACCGUGUACAAACCGUACCCGGUACCGGUGUACCGGCCGUUGCCUGUGGCAGUGGCCAAACCUGCCGUACAUGUACAAUACGCCACCAGAGUGCCAGUACGCGUGCCCUUGAGGUACUACCCUCAUGCCCCGAGUUACAGUUACCAUGGCCAAGCUGGCAUUUACGCUCACCGGCACGCCUAUGCUGCGGCUCCGACUCCGGCGUACACUCCAGCUACGGCGUACGCUCCCUCUCCGGCAUACGCUCCAGCGCAACCAUACCCAGGUCAGUCGGCUUACUUGCAACAGCUGCUGCGUGGAGCGCAAAACGAAUACGAAGUGAACGAACCCCAGUCUAACGAAGAAGACUACGCUGCUUUUCAAGGACAACAAGAAGCCAGCCUGGCACUUCACCAGCAACACGGCAACGUAGAACAAGACAUCGACUCUAGGUAUCCGCCGCUGACCAACGCCAAUGAACUGAGUUUGGGAGUGCCAAACACCGACUACUCUAGCACUAAGAAAAAAUAGUACCUACUCAUAAUUCAUAACAUAUGAUUGUAUUAUACCCAUAAUCAUUUGAGUAGGUAUAGAUCUUUACUCGAUUACAUAUUAUUGUGUUAUAUGAAUUACCAAAAUUAUGAUUCCAAAGACUGCGGCGUGUGCACUUGUUAUAAUAUUAAUACUCGAUACUAUACCAACGUGUUGUGUUUGUUAAAAUAAAGUUAUAUGUUAAUUAA